UUUGAUUAUUUUUAAUAUAUAGACUAACCAUUAGAAGAAUGAAGCAAAUAUUAUAAUUCAAAAAAUUCAAUCAUAGUAUCAUAUAGCAUCUUUAGUUAGUAAAUGUCUUUCAUUACUAUUGACUAUAUUACCGAUGAAAUAUAUAUGAUGAAAGCAUGUUUCAUAUCAAUAUUCUAAUAAGGGUGCAUACUAUUUAUUAUUUACAGUAUAUAGUAUAGGAGUAUUUUCUAGCUAUAUAUGUCCUGAUUCACUUAAGAAUGUAAUGACGUAUAGACAUUCCUCUCGAAUGUGUGGCAUGAUUUCUCCUAACCAAUAUGAUACAGAAUCAAAUAAACAGCAAAUCCCACUUUCCAAUUUCGUUGGAAGCCAAGGAAUAGACUCAACACUAAACCCAGCGUAUCAAAUUGUAAUUAAUAAAAUUUAGAAUCCUUCAUUGUACAGUGUAUCCUCUCUCUCCUUUUUGUGUGUAAAUGAAAUAGUGUAUCCUCCUCUACUACAAAUAAUAGCACCACCCCCUCUCUUUCUCUAACACAUCUAAGAAACAAUAACUAAUAGUAGAACAAUGUCGGGAACGAAGGUCUGUAUUGCGUGUGUUGAGGAAAACAAACUGCGUGAAUGUCACCACGAAAACCCGGUUAAAGAGUUGGGUUUGAGUCAUGAGGCGUCUGAGAAUAGUUCAUUUCUUCAUUCGGUUAUCAACAUGGUUGGUAUGCUCAUUGGACUAGGCCAACUAUCAAUGCCAUACGCCGUGGAAAGUGGUGGUUGGAUCUCAAUCUUCCUCCUAAUAUCCCUCGGAGUUCUCACCACUUACACCUCCCACAUCCUCGGAAACUGUCUCCGCCGCAACCCCAAGUCCAAAUCCUACUCCGACAUCGGCUACUCCGCCUUCGGCCGCCACGGCCGCCUCCUUGCCUCACUCUUCAUCUACCUCGAAAUCUUCAUGGCUUUAGUCUCUUACACCAUCUCCCUCCACGACAACAUCGCUGCAGCUUUUCCCGCCACCUUCACCAACCUCCACAACGGUUCUUUCCCCGCGGCAAAGCUGACGGCGGUGGCCGUGGCUAUCGCUUUGCCGAGCCUGUGGAUAAGGAAUUUGUCUUCGAUCUCGUUUCUUUCUACCGGUGGGAUUCUUAUGUCAGCUGUUAUAUUUAUGUCGGUGGUUUACACGGCCGUGUUUGGAGGCGUUCUUGACGAUGGGAGGAUUCCGGUGCUCCGGUUAGGGAAUAUCCCGACGGUUUCGGGAGUUUAUUUGUUCGGCUUCGGUGGUCACAUCGUAUUUCCUAAUCUGUAUACUUCCAUGAAAGAUCCCUCCAAAUUUACAAAGGUAUCGAUUGUAAGCUUUGCUACGGUGACGGCUCUGUACACAGCAUUAGCAAUCACAGGAGCGAAGAUGUUCGGACCAAACAUAAAUCCCCAAGUUACCCUCAGUCUUCCAAAACAUUUACUUGUAACCAAGAUAGCUCUUUGGGCCACUGUACUAACCCCGAUGACCAAAUACGCUCUAGAGUUCGCUCCUUUAGCCAUCCAGCUUGAACGCAGCCUUCCUUUGACCAUGUCCGAUCGCACCAAGCUCGUGACUCGUGGUCUUGUGGGAUCCACUCUGCUACUAGUAAUUCUCGCGUUGGCUUUAACCGUGCCUUAUUUCGGUUAUGUUUUGAGCCUCACGGGCUCCUUGGUUAGCGUCACCAUCUCCGUUAUAUUACCAUGUGCUUUCUACGUGAAGAUAUGCUGGGACGGGAUGUCGAAGUUCACAAGAGCCGCGAAUGUUGUGUUUGUUGUUUCUGGUUGCGUUCUUGGACUUUUGGGAUCGUUUGAUUCGUCCAAGUUGCUUGUGAAUAAGCUCGUUCGCGUUCAUGGAAAUUGAGUGGGGUUUAAUUAAAACGCGGUUUGUUGUUGCUGAUAGUUUAUAAAAAGCGGAAUAAAUGAUAAAUGCAAACCUUUA